AGUGAGUCAAGCUAUAUAUGAAUAUAGACCACCUUUGUUGCAAAGAUCUAAACAAAGUGGCCAUCUCUUGUAUAAGUGUAUGCUACUUCAAUGUAGAACGACGUUUGUAAGAUAACUGACUGUAUAUAUUGGAUUGGAUUCGAUUCCAGAAUUCCUAUUCUAGCACAGUUGAUUUCCUUAUUCCGAUUUCUCUCGUGUUUCUUUUCUAGUUGUGUUGUUCUCUCUGAAUCAGUCAUUCCUUAUUGCACACUCUUUGCUGAGACCCCUAGUCUCAUCUAAUAUCGAAACCAAUUACUCUCAUUACUAUAAUAUUUUCUUACCACAGACCCUAGAGGUACUGUACAAUUCGACGAACCGUCAUUGAGUUAUUCUUAUAAAGUUAGGAAACGCAGAUUGGGUAUCACUAGUCACUGCUUUUUUGCUGUUCAUAUUUUGCAAGCAAACAACUCGUCUCACAUAAUAGCCGUUCAACCAGCCGUCCUAGUAUCCUAUAUAAUAAAGCAAAAAUAAUAAAGGGGAAAAGCCAUGCCUUCACGCAGAAUCUUGCCGACGCUCUCCAUAUUUUCAAGGAAGUCCACGACUCCGACAAUAGCUCCCACUUCCUCACCAUCAUCUGAUAUCCGAAAUACUUCUAUUCCCUUGACACCGCCUGCUCGCCUACAUCUUCGACCCAUCUUGCCCUCAACACCAGAUGGCAUGCCUACACCACCUCCACCUCCUCGGAAACCAUUCCCCUGGUUGUGGCAGUGCCACUCAUGUGACACUGUCUACCGGAUCGGCUGCACUCGCCGCUGUCUUGUCUGUUCUCACGACUAUUGCCUCUCAGCAACCACCCCAAAGACACGUAGGGGCAAGAAACGUCGCCGUAGUGGAAUGUGUGCUUCUGAGUUCGAUUACAACGGGUGGGCAGAAUGGGGGGCGUGGCGUCGGAAAGUCCUCGGCAUGGAGACUGUCGGCCAGUCAGAAAAGCGCCGUGAGCAGGCCUUCCUCUACGAAUCACAUAAUUGCAUGAUCGACUGUAACUACCCUUCUGAAUGUCAUCAUGUUAGAUAUAAGCUACGAGCACAGAGAUUCAGGAAGACGUUACUCGAGGCACUUCCAGAGGAACCCCAAUCCCCACCAAUUGUUGCAAGUGUGCCAAUGAGCCCUGACGAUGACUUACCUCUGAACGAGGCGAGAGCAGUGCUAGAAGAAGAGGACCAGGGAAACGAGCAGAGAAGCCCGACAAGCCCUAGAAGCCCGCUCGGUGAAAUGAGUCUCCCCGAGGAUGAAUCUGAGCAAAAAGAGGACAAAGUAUGGUGGGCCGACACCGAGGAUCACGAUACAAAUAUCCAAUCUACACAAGAGACUCAGAAGCUUACUGCUGGGCUAGAGGGGCCAGGCGAGGCUAAUUCUUCCGCUGCUGGUACUGAAGACUUCAAUUCCGAAACUUUAUACGCUGCCCUAGCAGAAGACGAAAACAUGAUGCCUCUUGACCUGGUCGACUACGUCGCAAGCACACGACGCGAAUCAAAACAAUCUAGUCGAGAACAUCCUAAGCAUAGCAGUGAAUUAACUGUUCGGAAUUUUACCGACGCGGAUAGGUGCGAAGACUGGGAAGAGUCAACGGAUAGUGAUUCUGAUAGUGGUUCUGUGUCAUCCUUACAUUCUUCGUCGUCGUCACUUGAUGGGGGAUGGCUACUGGCUAGUAAGUUUGUGCCUGCUCCCGAGGCUGGCAGUGAACAUGACGAGAAUAUGUCUGGAAAGAAAUCAGAAUAAUCAAGGCAAUAGUCGAACCUGGAAGUUCGUUUUUGCAGGAUUAGCAGUUUGAUAUUAGCAACAAGGACUAAUAUCAGUAAUUUCAUUCUUACGUAGCGAACAUGAGUUUAAAUGUAUUACAUUACAUAUGAGGACAUAUGAUACCAUCUUUAUAUAGUUACCUACCUAGGUUAUGUUAUUAAUGUUCUUUCGCAGUAAUAGAAUAGAACCAUCUACCAUC